GCCGACUUUGGUUGUGAACGAAUUGCAUUCAGCCUGGUUCUUGGUUGCUGGCCGAAGAAGAGUUGAGAUCUGGGAUCAUGGACAUUGAAGCAUAUUUUGAAAGAAUUGGUUUUAAGAACUCUAGGAGAAAACUGGACUUGGACACGUUAACUGACAUUCUCCAGCACCAGAUCCGAGCUGUUCCUUUUGAGAACCUUAACAUGCAUUGCGGGGAACCCAUGGAGUUGGACUUAAAGGCCAUUUUUGAUCUCAUUGUGAGAAAGAACCGGGGUGGGUGGUGUCUCCAGGUCAAUCAGCUUCUGCACUGGGCUCUGACCACAAUUGGUUUUGAGACUACACUGUUGGGAGGGUAUGUUUAUAACACGACAGACAACAAAUAUAGCAAAACCAUGGUUCACCUUGUACUGCAGGUGAACCUUGAUGGUAGAAGCUAUAUUGUUGAUGCUGGGUUUGGAAGCUCCUACCAAAUGUGGCAACCUCUGGAGUUAAUUUCUGGAAAGGAUCAGCCUCAGGUGCCUUGCAUCUUCUGCUUGACAGAAGAGAGUGGAAUCUGGUACCUGGACCAAAUCAGAAGAGAUUCAUAUGUUCCAAAUGAAGAAUUUCUUGAUUCUGAUCUCCUGGAAAAGAAUAAAUAUCGUAAACUCUACUCCUUUACUCUUGAACCUCGAACAAUGGAAGAUUUUGAGUCUGUGAAUGCAUACUUGCAAGAAUCUCCAACAUCUCUGUUAAAAACCACAUCCCUGUGUUCCUUGCAGACCCCAGAAGGAGUUUACUUUUUAGUGGGCCUCCACCUCACCUCCAGGAGAUUCAGUUAUAAGGAUAAUACGGAUCUGGUAGAUUUUAAGACUUUGAAUGAGGAAGAAGUAGAAGAAGUGCUGAAAAAUAUAUUUAAUAUUUCCUUGGAGAAAAAGCUUGUGUCCAUACAUACUGAUCGAUUUUUUACUAUUUAGAGUAAGAAGCAAAAUAAAUCCUUGGGUAUGUAUCAUCCAGCUCACCAUUCAUCAGCUGAUGACCUAUUAGAUAUUCUCUAUACUCUCACAUUAUUUUGAAGAAAAUCCUAGACAUCAAAUUAUUUCACCCAUAAAACUGUCAGCAUAUGUAAUUACCUAGCUUUUUAAGGAAGUAACAGCUCACUUAUUAAAUUAAUAAA